UGGCCCUCAGCUCAUCCCGCAGAUCCGCCAGCGACGCGGUGGCCGCACGGUUUCAUCAUUAAUGCUCCUGAAGGACAAUAGCUCAUCAAGCCCUACCGAAAGCCCCGGACCCGUCGCGGAGCCUGGGCUGGCGGUGGAUGAGGCUGAGCGACUCCUCCUAGAGGUGGUUAUGUGGAGAAGGAGCAAUCCCUUCUCCCUCCUCCUCCUCCCCCCGCUACUAUCCGCGGCCCGGAGAACUGCCGCUUGCCGCCAUUGACACGCACAGAUAGAACCUAAAGAAAGGCAAAGAGUCCUGCCCGGCACCGGCGCCGUGCGGGCCGAACCUGCGCCCGGGGAGCGGCGCGCAGAGGGCACCGGGCGCCGGGAGCAGGCGGCGCAGCACCAGAAAAGAAAAGAGAGGUUAAGAACAUGCUCAAGGUCACCUACCACACAACUGAUGGAUGGUGAAGCAUUGUGUAGUGUUGGGAGGUCACUGUGUAAGCAAGCUGAGAGGGAAACUGAGGCAAGAUGUCGGGCCGGAGCGGGAAGAAGAAAAUGUCUAAGCUGUCCCGUUCAGCCAGGGCUGGUGUCAUCUUCCCAGUGGGGAGACUGAUGCGUUACCUGAAGAAAGGGACAUUCAAGUACCGGAUCAGCGUGGGUGCUCCCGUAUACAUGGCAGCAGUCAUCGAGUACCUAGCAGCGGAAAUUCUAGAAUUGGCUGGGAAUGCCGCAAGGGACAACAAGAAGGCCCGCAUAGCCCCAAGACACAUCCUGUUGGCAGUUGCCAAUGAUGAGGAGCUCAAUCAGCUGCUAAAAGGAGUGACCAUCGCCAGUGGAGGUGUCCUGCCCAGAAUUCACCCUGAACUGCUGGCCAAAAAGCGAGGGACCAAAGGCAAGUCGGAAACCAUCCUCUCCCCGCCCCCAGAGAAAAGGGGAAGAAAGGCCACGUCAGGAAAGAAGGGGGGCAAGAAAUCCAAGGCUGCCAAACCACGGACGUCCAAAAAGUCCAAAGCAAAGGACAGUGAUAAAGAAGGAACUUCAAAUUCCACUUCUGAAGAUGGGCCAGGGGAUGGAUUCACCAUUUUGUCUUCUAAGAGCCUUGUUCUAGGGCAGAAGCUGUCCCUGACCCAGAGUGACAUCAGCCAUAUUGGCUCUAUGAGAGUGGAGGGCAUUGUCCACCCAACCACAGCCGAAAUUGACCUCAAAGAAGAUAUAGGUAAGGCCUUGGAAAAGGCUGGGGGAAAAGAGUUCUUGGAAACAGUAAAAGAGCUCCGCAAAUCCCAGGGCCCUUUGGAAGUUGCUGAAGCCGCCGUCAGCCAAUCCAGCGGACUUGCAGCUAAAUUUGUCAUCCACUGUCACAUCCCUCAGUGGGGCUCCGACAAAUGUGAAGAGCAGCUUGAAGAGACCAUCAAAAACUGCCUGUCAGCGGCAGAGGACAAGAAGCUAAAGUCUGUUGCCUUCCCACCCUUCCCCAGUGGCAGAAACUGCUUCCCCAAACAGACGGCCGCCCAGGUAACCCUCAAAGCCAUCUCAGCCCAUUUCGACGACUCAAGUGCAUCCUCGUUGAAGAACGUCUACUUCCUGCUCUUCGACAGCGAGAGCAUCGGCAUCUACGUGCAGGAGAUGGCCAAGCUCGACACCAAGUAGCCGCCUCAGCCACGGCUGCACUUUGCAACAGGAGUCGGAGGAAAAUCAAAGUCGUAGGAGUUGGUUUUGUUUUUUAAAAGGAAAGAGGAAGGGUGCCGCAGGGGAGUGGAGGGCAGCUGAAGGGAAGCGGGUGGCAAAGGCUGCAGGAGCAGGUCCCGCCUACAGAAGGAGCCCUUUGCAUUUUAUAUUGUUAAAAAGAUCCUCAAUCCUAAAAACCAGGUCUCCACGAGGGGUCUUUCCAUGUGUUUUCCCCCUGUUGUUUUAGAACUUUUUAAAAAAACAGACUUCGUUUUAGAUUUAUAGCACUGACUUUUACACACACACACACACACACACACACACACACACACACACACAGUCUUUCAAAAUUCUUAAGUCUUCUAUUUCUCCUUUUACAAGGGAGGAGGGCAUAAACGUGACUCGGGCUUUGUUGGCUGUCUGUAUUCAGUGAUGGGGAGAAGAAAAUUAGAAAGGCAUCUCACUGGUGCUUUUCUUUUGUUUUAGUGCCCCCACCCCACCCCUUUAAUAUCUGUAACUACUCUUUAAAAGGUUUUACUUCAGACUUUUUUCUGUUUUGUUUUGUUUUUUUAAGAAAAAGAAAAUGAAACGAAAAAAAUAAAA